UGUGAAGCUGCUGCGGAGUUACGUUUACGGCCCGUGUUGUCGCAGUCGGUUUCCGUCUCUAAAUUGCUCGUCUUCUUCAGGAAAUGGCGAUGUGGAGCGACGUUGAACUCCUGACCAACGAGGACACCAACACAGCAACCCGCUUUGACAGCGUGUCCAAGGAGGAGAAUGGCAGCGGCUUGUACCAGGUGGACACGCUGGUCAAAAUCUCCUCCGCCAAUGAGGUGCAGACAGAUCCCCGGCUCUCAUCCUCCAGUGGUUCAAACUGGAGUAUUGUUGUCGCUGACAAGACCGUGAUCUUGUUCGAUCAGAGUUAUCAGACUAUUCUGCUGCUCCUCCACUUUGAAACCAGUGUGGAUGCCAUUGAUGUUUGUCUGGAUGGACAGUUCUUGGUGGUUUGUGAAAGAAAUGGAAACCUUCAUUUGAUCUAUGUCCCACACAAGAAAAUCCUCUUCACCAGGGCUUUGGUGGAGAAACCAUCUAGUGAAGCUAAGAAAACAUAUCGCUAUCUCUUCAUAAACGAAGACAAGUCUUCCUCAGGGAUGUAUAAUGUGUUUCUCCUCAUAAAGGAUGGCUUCUUCCACAUCAAAAAUCUUGCUUUGGCAAAGAUUGAAACAGCAAUUGAAAAAAUGGAUGUUGGAACUCUGAAAGAGCUCCAGAGUCUGAUAAAGAUAGACUUUUGCUCUACUGAAGAAUACCACGACGAAGGUUGCAGUACAGCCGUGAUGUUCACUCUUGGCCAUGAGAUUCACUUGAUGAUUGGGGGAGACAAAGAAAACAUAGUGACUCACUGGAAGAUGGAUCAUCUUCAGGGAAAGAUGUGCUUUGCCCAAUCUAUCGACAGUAGCUUAAUUCCAGGUGUGAGGAAGAUGGUAGUGGUAGAAAAUCUCUUGUAUAUUCUCGACACUGAGGAUGUUCUGAGUCUUUGGGACGUGCAUUUCUUGGUCAUGAUUCACUGUUGGCCGGAUCUUGCCAUUCACGACUUUGAACUCACCACAGAGUGUGGGACUGCCUCCAUGGUGGCUCAAGACAAGGGCAGCAUGAAGAUGAUUACACUGAUGAAGCAAGACAACAGUCAGAUCAAUUCACUUCAAAUUAGAUUUCUGCCCUCGAUGAGUGUUUGCUUUUCUCUAGAUGUCUCCUCAGUCUGCUGUCUUGUCCAGACGAAAACAUAUAUGGAUACCAUUUAUUUGGUUGAGGGGGUUUGUGAGGACCCAGAAAGUCGAGGAGAGCCCAUAACCUCUGUUGUUGUCAGAUGUCUGACAGAGGCUUUGCCUGAGAACAGACUCAGUAGACUUCUUCACAAACACAUGUUUGAAGAAGCUGAACAGUUUGCCAUCACAUUUGAGCUGGAUUUAGAGCUGGUUUACAAGGUAAAGCUUGGCUUCGUGCUGGAGCAGUUGGCCUCAGCGUCGGUGGGCGGCUACGGACAAGAGGUGUGGUCUGAACUUGUGGAUGAGGCCAAGAACAACCUGAAGAAAAUCUCGGAUGAGCAGUACGUGGUGGAAUAUUGCCUCAAGGCGCCAUGGCCGACCUUUGAGACGGCGGAGAAAAUGUUAAACCAUGCUGCCGCUCGAUAUUCCUCGUUACAAAUCCAAGAAGGCUUGGCAAGGCUGGCGACAUUCUGCAACCUACAUGGCGUGGAAAAUUUCAAUGGAAUUGCCUGGAUCGAGUUUCUGAACAGCACUGACGAUCUCGGAGAAAUUUUAAGCCACUUAAGAGAGGGAGACAUGAAAGGUGCACAACUCGUUUGGCUCAGACAUGAGGGACAGAUCGCUACAGAGUUUGAUGAGAACAGGCUUGAAGCAGUCCUCAGUGCUAUCCCAGAAGACCUGCCGUCCCAACACCUCUGUCCAUGGCUAAGGACAAUCUUUGUUCCUUUUGUGAGGAGAGUGCUACCGAGAGGGCAGAAAAUCCUGGCUAAAUGGCUUGAACAGAAGGCAAGAAAUUUGGAACUAACCGAAAAGGGAUCUUGGCCUCAGAAUGGGCUGGACUUGGCAGUGCUUGGAGUGCCAUCUUUUUGGACCUGGAUGAAAUCUGUAGACGAUGAUAAUGGCGAAGAUGAGGUCGAGAACCUCAAAUCACUUGUGUCUAAUCUCCGUCGGCUGCUGGACCUGCACCAGAAGUACAACUGUCAACUUUCUCUGUCACUCCUUGAGAAGGGAAGCGUAUGGAGCGUGGCUUUCUUCAUGCUGGACAAAGUCCCAGCUCCGGAGCUCAUUGCUGCCACAGUGGAAAACAGCAUUCUGCCGUACGCUGAAGAGCACAAAAUUUCCUUUGAUGAGUUACUGCUUCAGUAUAUCAAGGAUCUUCUGGACCGCUGCAGUUCUCAGACCACCACACUUUUCACAGAAUGGGAAGCCAAAGCAGUGGCUGUGCUCGGCUGCAUGACUGAAACUGAUCUGAUGGUAGAUGCAGUCCUGGAGAUCAUGCAGAAAGCUGUGGUACCCUGGAGUAACGUGGUUGAAAAACUUGUGCAGCAGUACCUAGAGAUGGAGGGACCAAAACAAGAGCUUUUGAAGGAAAGCUACCAUCUGAUGGAGAUAAGGAAACUUCUCAGGGGCUAUGGGAUCCGAAACUUCAACCUCUCUAACAGCACUCAAGUUAUGACACUGAUAAGAUAUAUCCUGAAACAAGACUUACCAAUGUCUUUGGAAGACUCCCUGACAUUAGCUGAUGCAUACAAACUGCCAACAUCACAGAUAAACUACCUCUAUCUCAUCCAGCUGAUAAGUCAUGGCAAGAUUGAAGAGGUGAUAAUUGUCCUGAAGAAGCUGUCAUCUGCCGAGACGGUGUGUGUGAUUGAUCGCCUCACAUCAUGGGCUCGACUGCAACUGGAGGAUAAAAACCACAUAUCUGAGGAGCACAAGAAGCACCAGAUGGUCAUAGCUCAGGUGAUGGUGGAGACUCUUAAAUACCUGCAUGUAAUCCAAAAAUAUGAUGCUCUAAAAUGCAUGGAGUGUGAGAACAACCUCAUCAUGUUCAAAGCGAUCGCCCACCUACAAGAAGACUUUGAUGUUUUCUUCACACCGUCCAACUAUGAAGACCCAAAGAUCCGAAAGCAGAUCCAGGAGCACCACAUUACAGCCUACGAAAACACUCGAGCCCGCACUUCAUCUAAGGGGAAGGCUCUCACAACUCCAGUUGUGGCUAAUGAUCCAGAUGGCAAAACAAAGACCAUCUCCACAGAGGCUGGAUUACGUCGGCUGGGAAGGCAGCUUCAGCGCACCGAACAGGAGCUUUGGUCUGAUUUGGGCGUCCGAGCUCUGCGAGUUGGGAAGGUGGACAAGGCUCUCAAGAUAUUCAGCGAGCUGUAUGAGCACCACUAUAACAACAGUACAGGGAAGGUUUUGUUCACCGCUGCCAAGACAUUAUGCCAGAUGCUGGAGGCAGAUGUACCCAUGGUGCUUCCUGAGGGGAUGGACUUACCAGCAGUCAUUCACCAUCUGGCCUGUCAGGCCAUCACUGUGUGUCACUCAGAUCUGCUCCUGGACUGUCUGGAGCUUUGCAAGUGCACGCGAAUAGCUAUGGAUGUGUACCACCAGUGUCAGUUAUCUGACAACUAUGGCUUCAUAGCAAAGGAUUUGACUUUGGAGGCCGAAAAAGAUCCGUAUUCUCAGUGGAGCUUUGAAGAUGUUUUUAACGAGGAUUGCAUUGUGCUGGACCCGGUGUCUGUGCUCCCUGUGCAGUAUGAAAUCACCAACUGUCUUCUGCCUAUUUCUCAGGAUACCAAACUGUACCCGCUGGACUGUUCCUGUUUGUCGCACUGCUCCUUUGAAGAUGGAUCAAACUACCUGCGGACCCUCCUCGGCCCCCUGGCCAACAUACUACAGAUGCUCCAGGAGUGCAGUCAGCUCGAGCUGGCCCUCAGAGUUCUGGUCAACUCUUACGGCAGCUGCCUGCAGCAUGUCACCUCUAAUGUUAUGGACAUAAAACUAAGCAUGCAGCUUUAUGAUGCUCAAGAACUUAAGAACUACAACGUUUGCCUGAAUGAUCUUCGGAGGACAACAGCAUCCACUCUGAAUGCUGUGGCUGUGGGAAUUUUGAAUAAGGUGUUCAACUGGAGGGUGGUCGAUUGUGAUUUGGCUAUUGGUCUCUGUACACUCCUUCCCAAAGCAGAAGUCAUCAAAAUACUAUGGAAAGUUAUUGACAACACUUGGCAAAACUACGACAAAAUUCUGGCUGUGGCAAGAAUCGGGGCCAACCUCUGCACCCUGUACGAUGAGCCAGAGGAGCAGAAGAAGUUUCUCUCCGUCAUCACUGAUGCCGAGUGGGGCAUCAGGCUCGGCAAACUGGAGAUAUCAAUCCAGCCAGUGUUUCGUCAGCAACCUGAGAUGAAGAGCAGUCUGGUCCCUGUCUUGGUGAAGAACAGGAAAAUAACCCCAGACAUUAUACUCCAGUACUGCAGUACCUUUGGUCUGGACCGUGACCAUGUGAUCAACCAGUACAUUACCACCUUACUGUUGCUCCAAGAGGACGAAGAUAGUGCAGAUUUCUCUGGCUCCGCCCAAGAAGAGAUGCAGCCACUGUGUCACGCUGAUGCACUGGAACGAGUCCUGCAGAUCAUCCCAAUGUUACACAGCACCAGCGAGCUCACCGACAGUCUCUUUGCUGCCAUAUUUAAGCUCAGUCCUUACAACUACGAGAGAAUUGAAGUAGUGCUAAAGAUCAUACAAGCUGCAGAUGAGAAUGUGACUGCCUUCCCAGUUAGUCAGGCAAUGGGCCUCAUUCAGCACCUUAAGUCCUACAAGCGAGUGUCUCCACCUUCAGAUGUGGAGAAUACGCAUCUUCUGGAAAAUGGGCUGCUGCCAAACGCCCUGUCCGACAGCAGGCUGCCAUUCCACCUGCUCAUGCAGACCAAACACUACUGGAAGAUUAUAUCUCCUGAGCUGACUGAAGAAACUUUCCCCACACUACUUCUGAUCAGCAAACUUAUGAAGGUCAGCCUCGACAAGUUAUACAUGUCAACAGUAAACCACGUGUUUGAAAAAAAGAUGAAGCCUUUGCUUUUGGAGAAAAGGAAUAAGGGUCAGGGUCAUGGAUACAACAAGGAGACUUUCAAGGUAGCCAAGGCCAUGAUGAAGUACAUCCAGUGCAUCCAGAGCCCAGAGUGGGCGGCUGCUACAGCCCACAAAAUCACCCAGGAGCUUCCCCCAGGCUACGAGAAGGCACAGUCAUUGAGGUUUUGUUUGGUUCUUGGAGAGGCUUGGCUUAAAUAUCCAAACCUAGAGGAAGCUGCACGGGCCAGAGGGGAGACCUUUCUAUCCAAGUUGAAGCUGCAGUUUCAGCGUUCUGCAACUGAGAAUAUAUUGAUCACCAGUCAGCUGAGCAGCCCAGAACACCUGAAACUGACUGGGCUGCCAGCCAGAUUAAUAAUAGCUCUGUAUGAGCACAGCAGUGUGGAGCAGCGUUACCGAGAGUCAGGAGGUCAAGCUUAUCCUGACAUACACGCUGCAGUUAAGGAAAUAGCCGCAAUAAACAAUGUGGAUCUUGUGAAAAUCCGCAACAUGCUAUUAGAAAAAUGGAUCUGCAAAACUGGCCCGGCUGUGUCCAAGGAAAUGGGAAAUCAAUACUGUGUCACCAACAUUGAGGAAGACCCAGACUUAAUGAGGGUGGUGUACAUGCUGCAGUCUGGCCUGAUGAAUGAUGCAAUUCAUGUUCUUAGUCCUCUCCUUUCUGCUGAAACUUGGCCCCUCAGUACAUCUGGACCUCGUCUAGCCUUCUGUCAUCGAACUCGGGCGCUGCUUUGUCUUGUCCGGCUCGCUGACGCAGCGACACUGGAGGCCCAAUUGCAGAUCCCAAAGACCAAACUUCACUAUUACCUGAAGUGCUACAUCUUUGUCUCUCAACUGGAGGCAUUAAACAUCCCCUACACGGUUCAGUCCUUCAUCAAUAGUCCCAAAGAGGGUUUGAUUAAAGGCUUAUGGAAGAACCACAGUCAUGAGCCGCAGGCUGUGCGUCUUGUGGCAGACCUGUGCCUGGAGUACCAGGUCUACGAUCCUCAGCUGUGGAACAGUUUGCUUCAGAAGCUGCUGGGCUUCAACUUGAUUACUCACCUCCAAAAAGUGCUUGAAGCGAUAGUUCCUGUACCGGUUUUGUGGGAGAUAUCAAGUUUCUCCAGAACUUGGAAGAGCAUGAUACUGGCACCUUUUGUCUCAGCUUCAGUUCCUCUGAGCCCAGACCAACAAGCAACUCUGUACAGGACCUUUGUUCUCCUGCUCAAGUGCCCCUUUCUGUUGAAUCUGGACCUGAUAGGAAUUGCAAACCGCUUUGCACAGUUCAGUCUACCCGCCUUUGCCCUGGGAACUCUCCUUCUCAUCCCAAGUGCCAGCAAAAAGGCGCAGCAGAUCCAGGGCUUUCUGUCCAUGUGUAACCCGGUCACUGUCCUGGAGCAAGUGGAUGAACUGAUGAACACCGGAGAACUGGCUGGAAUCCCAUCGCAGAUCAGGGAGACUGUAUUAACAUUUAUCAGCCAAAAUGGACAUUAUCAGAAACUGAUGAAGACAAAACACUUCAACCAUCUGAAGCAGCUCGUUGUGACGACGGGCCAGCCCAACCAGGUGAAGGACUUGGUGGACUACCUGAUCAGCCAGAACUGUCAGGAGGAUGCUGACUCACUCACUCGUGAGUUCCUGAAGUACAGAGAGAAUCAACGAGGGAAAACAGUGACAAAUGGCUCGCCUUCAGACGACUGCUUGAAGAAGUAUUUCAACAUACAAAAUGGAUUAUCGGGAUGAACCUCUCUUACUUCAGUUGUAUUUAUUCAAUCUGGUUUGUGUUGAGAUAAAAUAUUUGCACUUUUCCUUUUGUCUUUUCAGUUUAUGUACAUUUUUUAUAAAUUCCUUGAAAUAUUAAAAAUGUGUAGAGGGGGAAAAAAAAAAACAUUUCGAAUACUGAUCUGUUUGUAUGUCUUUGCCUUCCAGCUUGUGUUUUACCACUAAUUACUCACAAUAUAUAAUAAAUAAUUGGAAACAGAAGGAUUCAAAGGUAUUUAAACUGCAUUAAUGCAUACGCGCAAGAUGUGAGUUAUAUUGUUGAACCAACUGUAUUUUUGCAUGUGUUGUAGGUUUAACCCCUUCAUGUUCUUUGUUAAUAUUUGCCAUAUUUGAUUGCAAAUAACACUGUUGCUCUAUUAAACAGAGGUUGUCACAGCUCUAAAGUUCUGAUUCAGUUGUUUUGAAUGAAGGAUCACUGUUUUGAUAGGAGUGUAAUUUGUAACGGAGUAGUUCUUACUCAAAUUGCCUCUCUUACACAAUGAUAAUGAGCAGCAAACUGGAACUGGAACCAAAACUGCGGUUAACUGCAAUAAAAUCACAAGCUGAGGCUCAAAUAGUUAUCAGCUUUGGCCUAGCCCCUCAGGCAUCUACAGUAGUUGCAUUAAAGAGCAACUUUGCAUCACGUUGCUUCUGUAUAAUUUCAAGAUCGUGCGUGGAUUAGUUGUGCUAGACUAUGCUAAAGUAGGAAAAAAAGACUUCCCCUUCUUCUAGAUGCAUGCUUUCAGAUAAAUGAUCUUACAAGAGAUAUUUGUGGUUUAUUGUGUAAUGUGGCUAACUUUAAGAAGUACUUUCAAAAGUGUCAUCUUUACUACGUUGUGUGAU